CCGCCUGGUUGGGGAACGGAAAGCAGGGUAAAGGUUGCAUCGAGAGGCGAAGCCAAAAGCUGGGAGAGUUGCGUUGAGCGAUCUCGCUUCCGAAGCAGCCAUGGCAGAACAACCUAAGUCCCGUCAGGCACCUAUCAGCCCCGUAAAAAACUUCUUCGCGGGUGGCUUCGGAGGUGUCUGCUUGGUCUUCGUGGGACACCCGCUGGAUACUAUCAAGGUCAGGCUACAGACUCAGCCGAAGCCUUUGCCAGGAGAGGCUCCUCUUUAUGCUGGGACCUUGGACUGUUUCAGAAAGACUUUUGUGAAAGAGAUAUCCUCAGCUGUUUGCAGCAGGAAUGUUAUCAGGGGUGUUUACCACUGCAAUUAUGGCACCAGGAGAAAGGAUCAAGUGCCUACUACAGAUCCAAGCAGCCGCCGGUGAAAAAAAAUAUGCGGGCCCCUUGGACUGUGCCAAACAAAUAUAUCGUGAAGCUGGCAUUCGAGGCGUGUACAAAGGAACAGCGCUCACACUCAUGAGAGAUGUUCCAGCCAGUGGAAUGUACUUCAUGACUUAUGAAUGGCUGAAAAAUAUUUUGACACCUCAGGGGCAGAGUGUCAGUGACCUCAGUGUACCCAGAAUCCUCUUUGCUGGAGGCAUGGCAGGGAUCUUCAACUGGGCUGUAGGAAUCCCUCCUGAUGUGCUGAAGUCACGAUUCCAGACAGCUCCUCCAGGGAAGUAUCCCAAUGGUUUCAGAGACGUCCUGCGAGAGCUUGUUCGAGAGGAAGGAGUGUUGUCUCUGUACAAGGGAUUCAACGCUGUGAUGAUCAGAGCCUUUCCUGCCAAUGCAGCAUGCUUCCUUGGCUUUGAAGUUGCCAUGAAAUUUCUUCACUGGAUUGCGCCAGGUCUUUGAUGACCGAAAAGUAUUUUCCUAAAGGAAACCGAGGGCAAGGAAAAUAACUGCAUUGGAGGAGAAAAAUCAGAAUUAUGAAAUAAGCUAUAAAUUGACUCAUUUUUUAAUUAAUCUUUUUGCCUUACGCUUUCUGGGUGGUGCCCUUUUGCCGUUCGGAAUCUUGAGCCAAAUCUCCUUCUGUGGAGAAAUUCAAGAGGAAUUCACAACAACACUCUUGCCUUCUCAAUACAAAAGUACCAUGCCGUUGAUAGAAGACCUUGCCGCUAUUAACAGGUAUCGAUGUUUAAUCCCCGUCCCCCUCAUUUUCCUGUGCUGAAUAAAGGAAAAUGAUUUUAAUUUCCCUUUUUAUAUUAAUUAAAAAAAUAUGCAUUUCUGGUUAUAGUACCAAGGACAUUCCUAGAACCAUUAUGGGAUGUUUGGAACUGGCUAUAAUGCACUUAAUUCUCAGGACGGAAUUUAAGUAAUAGAUAAAACUGAUAUUAAAAAAACAUUUGAUUGCACUUGCAGGUAUUUGGUGCUAUUUACCAUGGUUUCUUGUUAGUUCCUGUGGAAUGAAUGGGAACAUCUGAACAGUUUUGUAUUUCUGUUCAUGCCUUAUUCAUGCCCUAUUAGUCCUUGCUUAUACAACACAGUUGUAGUAUGUAUUGACUGUGUAAGCCUCAUUUUAUUGCCUUGUGGUCUCUGACCCAAAAUCCAUGGCAUACAAUUGCUUCUUUGACGUAAUGAAUAUAAAAAGAAAGCCACUAAGAGAAUAAUGCAAAAAUUAAAGAGCCUUAAAAUCACCAAAUAUAAAUAAGUAUUAAAUUAGUGAAGACCUGCUAUGUGUUUGUAUAUAAUGAAAAACCUCAAUAGCAGAAACUGUGGGGUAAAUCCCAAUCACUUUGGCUGGAAUGGACAGUCAGUUAUAAAAAAGCCUUUCUCUAAAUUCAGCUUUGGUCCUUUCUGGAUAACUAAUGAUAUCUUGAGAGGCAGCUUUACAAGAGGUGGACAAUCUUCUUGUACAUGGCAUGCCAGAUAUUAUGUAUUUUGGUAUUCCUGGUACCUAGGAAUGUACUGCAAUGGUUCCAAAGCAAUUUGUGUUCCAUCCCAGGAAGCUCUAAAGUUGGAGGAGCCUGCAAUAGGAUAACUUAACUACAAUCCCAUUCUGUUUUAAUGUGAUCCCCUUUCAUACCCACACAUAUAUGGGUUUUUAAGUACAUACCAUGUACAAAUAGUGUUUACAAAAUGUUUCACUGGAACAUGUUUAGAACUCAAUAAAAGUUGUACAUUGGUUUUCUUGUUUGUUUUGCAUGUUGAAAUAGCUAUAUCAGUACUUGAAACAUACUUCUUUUUCAUAGCAUUCUGGCAAUUUGAAGAAAAGAGCCUUUAUCAAUGGGAAGGGGCUGAGAUGUUUGUUAAAUUGUAUGUGUGAGUGCAGCAACAAAAAAGUUGCACAUUGGAGUGUUCAUUAAAAAAAUCAUUCUUUUAUCCAUUUUAGAAGAUAUUCAAUGCAUUUCCAACUUAAAUGGUCACUUUGGAGAAUUACAUCAAUUUUCCAGAGAUAUCUGUUGAGCUUUAUUGAAAUAUGCAAUUGUUUUGCUAUGUAAAAACAAUCAGAUUCUCCAAAUAUUAAAAGAGAGUCAUUGAAUGCAAUGAAGUUUGGUUCUACAUUCAGUGAAGUAUGGUUUGGUUAAGUUUGGUUCUACCAUACAUUAUUGUAUAAUGGGAUCAUUUAGUCAAGGGAGAAAUCUCUUAGUCAAAAUCCCAUUCUUUUGUAGCCCUUCCUUCAGACAGAAAUGAAGGAAUUGAUGGAACAUGAACUCCGAUGGAUCAGGAUCAGGUCAUUUAGGGUGGUACAUUUUGUGUCAACGAAUGUACUUUAUGAAAGAAAAGUCUGUAGUUCUGAUUCUUUCUACAAGGAGCAUUUUGAAAGGAAGGGUGCAAGGUUUAUAGACGGGCCGCUAUAAGUUGUCCCUGAGGUGCCUUUUCAAAGGAUCCAUUCUUGAUUCUCUUGAAAAUACAGGCUUAGAUGUUGUAUUUAUUGUUGACUGAGAGACUCCUCUGUUUUGUCUGAGAGAGAAUGGUUGUAUUAAUAUAGUUUGGAUUAUCUUUCAUCUGCAGUUACAUUAAUUACCAGCAUUGCUGUUAACCUUGUUUUUUAUGCUCAAGAUAAUCUGAAAUCGGUUUUCUCAAAAACACGCCAUCUACUGUGUCAAAUAAGGAGAAUGAAGUUUGCACUUCUGAAUUUAUGAAAUGCCAAUAGCUGGCUUUAAAAUGCCAUUCCUGUGUAUAGUUUUUCAAUGGGAGGGAGGGUUCUUUUAAAAAAUGAACAAAUUACCUCAUGAUGCCCAAUAUUCAGCCUAAGUUAGUCAUUGUCUCAAUUAUGUAAGAAGAAGUACUGAAUUGCCUCUCUCUGCAAUAUACUGCAUCAUUCAAUGUUCAGAUCAUCCAGAAAGAUGAGUAAUUCAUUCCCUCCCACUUUAAGAACAGCAAAUAGGAACUUCCUGGGGGUAGGCUGAAAUCCAGCUCAAGUCUUAGAAUAUAUCUUGAGUGUCUUAUUUUAUUAGUUAGAAAUCUGUGUGAUACAGGAUUUUAUUAGUUUGAUCUGGAUUUAUUGACCCUGAACAAAAUAUUUCUCUCUCUCCUUCUCCCCCCCUCUCUCUCCCUCUCCUUCUCCCUCUCUCCCUCCCUCUCUCUCUGUCCAUUGGAAGAGUUUAUUGAAUGAUAAGAAUGCUCAAAGUUCCUAUUCUAUGCAGUUGAACCGAGCUGCCUUUUACAUUGGCCACCAUGCCUUUGACAUAAAGCACGUAUUGCACAAAGCCAUUUGUGGAAUGUAUUUGGUUUUAGACUAACAUAUUGUGUUAACUCUAACCCUUGUA